CAACAACAGUUUAUGCGCCAACGGCAGAUGUUUCUCCAACACCAGCAGCAAAGAGUACAGCACGCCCAGCAGCAGCAACAGCAGGCUCAACAGGCCCAGCAGCAGCAGCAGGCCCAGCAACAGCAGCAACAGCAGCAGACCGGCCAGCAGCAGCCGCAACCGCAACCGCAGCCUCAGCAUGCUGGAAUCCCGGCCUCCAUGCCUAACGGGACCCAGGCGGUCACUUCUGCCCACAUGGCCGUCGCCCAGGCUGGCAACCCGGUCAUGCACCCGGGCAACCUACCUCCACACAUACAGCAACAGCUGCAGGCUCAAAACCAUCAUAACCAGGCCCCAAAUCUGCAUCAGCAACAGCAGCACCUCUUUGCUAUGCAGAUGGCUCAUCAAAAUAGUGCGGCUGCCCAGGCUCAGGCCCAGGCCCAGGCCCAAGCUCAAGCCCAGGCUCAACAGCAAAACGCACAACAAAGAACCACCCAGGCGCAAGCAAUGCAUGAUUCCCAAGGUGGUACUCCCCAUCCACAGCCACAGCAUCAACAACCUCCGGGAACUAGUGCUCCUUCUCAGCAACCGGGGAUACCUCCAACCUCGCAGGCCGGGCCUCAGCAGCAACAGCAGCAACCACAGCAGGGACCCACUCCGCAGCCUACCCCGGGCCAACACGUAGGCCCACCACAGCAGCUGGCCGGUCCAGAGGGGCAAAUGCGAAUGGCCCAACAGCAGGCUGCGAUGCAGCAGAUGAUGAUGCCGCAGCGCAUGCCAAACCCCAUGAAGGGUUCAUCCAUAUUCAGACUAUUCUCCUUUGCCGAGAAUCUCAGUGGCUAUUCUAAUCGCAAUCCUGCACCGGGAUUGCCAUAUUGGCAGAACUUUGUAGAACAGUUCUAUGCUCCUAACGGGGUUCUACGCCUGGUUGUUUUCAAUGCUCAACGUGGGACGAAACAAUUUGAAAUCUCGACACCUGCUCUGGCUCGGUACUACUGGACACAGUUCACCAGCGGGAUAAAACAAAUCCAGAUGAUUGUUGAAAAUGUGGCGGAAAAGGACCUACCUACUGGUGGCCAGAUCGUAGAAAGCCAAAAGACCUCGUUUAUAUACUGGUUUGAAAAUGGAUGCCAGCUUGUUUCUACCGGAACUCUGGUAGCCCAAUAUGGUCCAACGGGCAAGAUAGAACUUCUGGAUAUCGGCACAGGUGGCCAUACUGAAUAUAUACCUCGUCACCAAUUGCAACCUCCACCAUCCCCAGAACAGAAGCAAAGCCCGAGGAUGAGCAAACCCAUGACCAAACGGCAGAAACUCUCCGCUACCCCAUCCGUGGCCAUACCGGAUUCUAUGGUCACAGAUGACGGCGUGCCUGUGGCAGUCAUGAGCUUCUUAGAGGUCGCUGAAAUCAUAUCUCAAAUGCAAUACCUCUUCCAAUAUUCCCUACAAAACCCUCACCUAUCCCCUCCAGAUGCCCUUCACCAACUCGUCAGCACAUUCUCCCAGCAAAAUCCAACUCUCGGCAUUAACUCUAUGCCACCUGGCCAACGCACUCCAGGUGUCAACGGUACUAAUAACCAAUUCGCCUCUCCUGCCGUCGGCCACUUGGGCAUCCCCGGUGUCCAGGGAUCCCCCCACAUAGGCGGGCCAACUCAUACGCCCAGCCCAGCCCAAAACCCUGUUGCCGGUCCUGUAGCCAUGGCAGCCCAGCAGAGUCAGCAAGGCACCAACACCAGUGGUAGCCAAGGCACCAGUGCCAAUACCAGUCCAAACGUGAACAAUAAACGUCGUCGAGCGAGUACCGUAAAGACGGAAGGGGAUGACAAUGCAUCUUCCAUGGAUGUCAACGGUGCUACGCAGGGGAACGCCAAUAAAGUGAAAGCCAGUCCGAGAGUCGGUGGUAAGAGACAGAAAGGAACCAGUUGA